AUGAAGUGGAGAAUCCCUCUGCACAUGGAGAACUCGGUGCUCUCGCAGCUUCUUUGGUCGAUUGCCAGCCUAGUCGAAGUGUCCGUUGCAAGCAGGAAUUUUGUCAUUGCUGGUGGUGUAGUGCAGGACAUUUUACAUAUUGUAUCCAAGAACAAGAAGCUCGUGAUCCUCCGGCAUAUAAUGUUUCUCAUUGCGGUUCUUUUCUCGGACAUCCAAGAAUUCACGCCCGAUAUCGUCGAGUUGCUUCCCCUUUUGCCUCUCGUCUGUCGUCAGCUAUCUUCCGAAGACGUAACAAUACAGUCGGAUGCUGUUCGUGCUUGCAUGCUCAUGUCGGAAAACAUAGAUUUCUUUGGACCCAUGGCUGAUGCCGGUAUCAUGAGAAGAUUAGCACAGAUGACGUCGUCACGCUCAUCAAAUGUUAUUUUCGGCGUGCUUCGGUCAAUCGCAAACAUCAUCCAGGAAACGUCUUCUUUCACGAAAGAUAUGGUUAACGAAGGCCUUCUAACCAAUAUUCUUCCUCUCAUGUCACGCGGUGCAACAAUGCGAGAAGCUUGCUUUCUGGUGAGCAACAUUGCAGCCGAAGGUGGAGACAUGUUGCAAGCAGUCCUGGAUUCGGGCGUGCUCAAGGAAAUCUCAAAUUUGUUAGAAAUGGCAGACUACGAAACGCGUAAGGAGGCAUUUUACAUAAUGUAUCAUACGGCCAUGUCGACUCGAUCGUGCCAUCUCGCAGCUCUCCUUGGAGCUGAUUUACUCGCUCCACUUUGUGACUUUCUGACUGUUUUGGAGCAUUCUCUUGUGGCUGACGUUAUGGAGGCCCUUUCAUCGUUGCUUGCUUAUGGGGAAGAGCUCGCCAUGGGAUUAGCAGAUUUUUUGAAUCCUGUCGCUACUCGGAUGGAAGAGUUGGGAGCCAAGGAUAAACUGGAGUUCCUCUGUGAUAGCCAUUCGAUGAACAUACAUGUGGCUGCUCAUGAAAUUCUGGAAAGGUUAUUUUUCACAGAAUUUCUUUUCCAUGAAUUUUCGUAG